UGUUUCUUCAUUGGACAUCUGAUACCUCCUGCCAAACAAGCAGGGCUCCAGCAUGGGGACUCGUCGGUUUCCUCAAGCCCCGGUUCUCGUCGGUGCUUUCGUUGCGCUCUUGGCCGUCGGCCUCGAUGCGGCGGCGGCGGCGCCCGUCGUGGUUGGCUCGGUGAAGUGCUUGGACUGCUCCCCAAACGAUGUUAAUGCUGAAGAUGCUUUCAAAGGCCUCCAGGUAGCCAUCAAGUGCAAAUCCAGCGCCGACGAUACCUACGAGACGAAGGCGCUCGGCCCCCUCGACGACACCGGGGUCUUCAGCAUCCCUCUGGCCGCCGAACUACUCCGCGACGACGGGGCGCUGGACCGUGACUGCUUCGCUCAGCUCCACACCACGCCCGACACGCCGUGCGUCGGUCAGGCGCCGCCCAGGAUCGUGCCGGUCGGGCCAAGCCAAGAAGGCGCCACCACCAGCAGCGGCACCACCUACCUCGCGGCCGCGGCCGACACGGUCUUCUCGCCCGUCGCGUGCAAGUGCGGCAAGUUCAAGAAGAAGCACUUCAUGUUUGGCCCGCCGCCGCCGCCGCCCAAGCCGGAAACCCCGAAGCCGCCGACGCCGACGCCGACAUAUGGUCCCCCCACGCCCACUCCCGUGCCGGAGCCCAAGCCUCAGCCUCAGCCGGAGCCGGAGCCGGAGCCGUUCUUCCACAAGCACCCGAAGAUGAAGUUCAUGCACAAGAAGAAGCCGUGCCCGCCGCUCGUCGACGAUGACACGACUCGGCCUGCAGAUGGCGGGCAGGGCAAGGUCCCCAAGAAGCUGAACUAGGGUGCGCAUGCAUGAAGGCAUCGAGUGCUAAGAAGUUGACGCCUCGAUGGUGUUUCUGUUGUUCCGUGAUGAUGUCGUUGCAUCAUCGGUGAUAGUUUGGUCUCGUUCGUGCCGUAUGUUGUGGUGGCUUUGGUGUUUCAGUUCGUUGGCUAUUGUCUGUGACUUGUGAAAUAAAGAUUGUGAUAUCUAAAACAAA